GCGCCGCUUUAUAGGCGUACUCUGAAUCUCAGUCGGCUCACGAGUCGAGCACUCGAACAGUCGGACGCCGCCGCCGAAGCACUAGCUCUGAGCGCAAUGGAAGACAGCACCAAGGUUCCGCUGACGCCCGGCUCGAUCAUCAACGUGCCGCUGGGCGCCACGCUGGAGAUGCAGCUUAAGCUGCCCACUGAAUCUGGUGGCGGUAUUAUGGUGCCCGCCGGCUGCGAGACCGACGAGGGCCAGACGGUGAUGAAAAAGACCACGCAGUCUCGCACUGAGACGCAGCAGUCCAAGCGCGUGGCUACGCACGGCGACCAGACGGUCAGCGAGUCCAGUCAAGCCGUGCGAAAGAUGAUGCAGGACACUCGUUCCAUGGUGCACCAGUCUUCCACCGAGUCCAACGAAUCCCAGCGAAUCGUGAAGAAGACGACUGCGCAGCAGCAAAUGAAGUACUCGAAGCAGACCUUCUCAUCGACCAGCAGCUUCGAGUCCUCUCACAACUGACCUGGCAAGCCGGGGACGGCAGCUUUUGGCUGUGACGACCUCGUGGACCUCUCUCAUUCACUACUCCGUUGAAAUAAUGCACAGAGCCUAUUUACUACGGACGUACCACAUCGCUCAAUAAACAAUUUUUAUGUAAUAGCA